CAGCUUAUUGUUAAACAUUCGCUGUUUAAAUAAUUAAACAUGGUUCGCGUUUGGUUAAUGGAUAAUACUACUGAUAGUGAUCAGCGUUUGGAGCACCAUCGUAACCCACCGGUAUUUUUAGAUUUGCCGGAAUUAUUUAAGAAAACCGGUGUGGAAUAUUUCCAGAUUAAUGCUGAUAAGUAUACCGAAGAUAGUGUGUUGGCAGAGUUACGAGCAAAACGCGGCUAUACCUACGAUGAUGAGAUAACGUGCUCAGAAAAGUGCCUGCCCGAUUAUGCGGCCAAGCUGAAGUCCUUUUAUCAGGAACACCUACACACAGAUGAAGAGAUUCGUUUAGUGCUGGAAGGCUCUGGGUAUUUCGAUGUGCGCGAUGGGGAAGAGAACUGGUUGCGCAUUAAGGUGGAGAAGGGUGAUUUGAUUGUCAUUCCGGCAGGCAUUUAUCACCGCUUCACAUUGGACACAAAUAAUUAUAUAAAGGCACGUCGUUAUUUUGUUGGUGAGCCUGUCUGGACGCCUCAUAAUCGACCAUCAGAUGAUAUGGAAUGCCGCAAAGCUUAUCUGCAGCACCAGGCUGAACAAUUUGUGCAAUUGAACAAGGUUUAACCAUUGAUAUUGAAAGCCUUUCAAAACGAUUUUAUUUUUUAAUCGAUGUACAUAUUUGAAUAAACUUGGUAUUUUUAAUGCGUGCAAUCGA